AUGGGUGAUGAAGAAGUUCAGGCUCUUGUUGUAGACAAUGGUUCCGGUAUGUGCAAAGCCGGUUUUGCUGGAGACGAUGCUCCUCGUGCCGUCUUCCCAUCAAUUGUUGGCCGCCCUCGUCACCAGGGUGUCAUGGUUGGUAUGGGUCAAAAGGACAGUUACGUAGGCGAUGAAGCUCAGUCAAAGAGAGGUAUUCUUACCCUCAAAUACCCCAUUGAACACGGUAUUGUGACCAAUUGGGACGAUAUGGAGAAGAUUUGGCAUCAUACUUUCUAUAAUGAACUUCGUGUUGCUCCUGAAGAGCACCCAGUCCUGCUCACGGAGGCUCCGCUCAACCCUAAAGCUAACCGUGAAAAAAUGACCCAAAUCAUGUUCGAGACCUUCAACACUCCAGCCAUGUAUGUCGGCAUCCAGGCUGUGCUAUCUCUCUAUGCCUCUGGUCGUACCACUGGUAUUGUCUUGGACUCUGGUGAUGGUGUCACUCACUCAGUCCCCAUCUAUGAAGGUUAUGCUCUUCCUCAUGCUAUCCUUCGUCUUGACUUGGCCGGUCGUGAUUUGACUGACUACCUCAUGAAGAUCUUGACUGAGCGUGGUUACUCAUUCACCACUACAGCUGAGAGAGAAAUUGUCCGUGAUAUCAAAGAGAAGCUCUGCUAUGUUGCCCUCGACUUUGAGCAGGAGAUGGCUACUGCUGCUUCCAGCUCUUCCCUUGAAAAGUCAUAUGAACUUCCUGAUGGUCAAGUGAUCACCAUUGGUAACGAGCGUUUCCGUUGCCCUGAAUCUCUCUUCCAACCCAGUUUCUUGGGUAUGGAAUCUGCUGGAAUUCAUGAGUCUACCUUCAAUGCUAUCAUGAAGUGCGAUGUCGAUAUCCGUAAGGACUUGUAUGCUAACACUGUCCUCUCUGGUGGCACCACCAUGUACCCGGGUAUUGCUGACCGUAUGCAGAAGGAGAUCACUUCUCUUGCUCCUAGCACCAUGAAGAUCAAGAUUGUCGCUCCUCCUGAGCGUAAGUACUCCGUUUGGAUCGGUGGAUCUAUCUUGGCUUCUCUUUCCACCUUCCAACAGAUGUGGAUUUCCAAGCAGGAAUACGACGAAUCCGGACCUGGAAUUGUCCACCGCAAGUGCUUCUAA